AUGCCGUCUGACGCCAAAAAACGUGCUCAGCAAAAGAAAAAGGAGCAAGCUACUAACAGAAAUAAAAAACCUAUUGCCAAAAUUACAUCGGGCGAGCAGAAUGGAACAGAAACGAAUGGCACCACUAAAGAGGAUCGUGAGCUCACUGCCGAAGAGGCUUUAUGUUUGAAAUUAGAAGAAGAAGCUAAAUUGAACUCAGAAGCAAGGUCCUGUACUGGUUCCCUAGCAGUGCAUCCACGCUCACGAGAUAUUAAAAUAGCAAAUUUCUCUAUAACUUUUUAUGGAAGUGAACUUCUCCAGGAUACUUUGCUAGAGUUGAACUGUGGAAGGAGAUAUGGCCUUGUGGGACUCAAUGGAUGUGGAAAAUCAUCAUUAUUGGCUGCACUUGGACGUCGUGAAGUACCCAUACCUAACCAUAUUGAUAUCUUUCACUUAACCCGAGAAAUGCCUGCCUCUGAUAAAACUGCCUUACAAUGUGUAAUGGAAGUGGAUGAAGAGCGUAUUCAGCUUGAAAAACUUGCAGAGGAACUUGCUCAAAGUGAAGAUGAUGAAGCACAAGAGCAGUUGCUUGAUGUGUAUGACCGCUUGGAUGAUUUAAGUGCGGAUACUGCUGAAGCUCGUGCUGCUAAUAUUCUCCAUGGUCUUGGGUUUACUAAGGAAAUGCAACUGAAAGCUACUAAGGAUUUUUCUGGAGGUUGGCGUAUGCGAAUCGCGCUGGCGCGAGCUUUAUAUGUGAAACCCCAUCUCUUAUUGCUUGACGAACCUACGAAUCAUCUAGACCUGGACGCUUGUGUGUGGCUGGAAGAAGAACUUAAACAAUACAAACGUAUUCUGGUGCUGAUAUCCCACUCGCAGGACUUCUUGAACGGAGUCUGUACAAAUAUUGUCCACAUGAGCAAGCGUCGGCUUAAGUACUACACUGGUAACUAUGAAGCAUUUGUGAGGACUCGAAUGGAACUCCUUGAGAAUCAAAUGAAACAGUACAAUUGGGAACAGGAUCAGAUCUCACACAUGAAGAAUUAUAUAGCCCGGUUCGGUCACGGUUCCGCAAAGUUGGCCCGUCAAGCUCAAUCUAAAGAAAAAACAUUGGCUAAAAUGGUGGCUCAAGGGUUGACUGAAAAGGUUGUUGAUGAUAAAAUUCUUAACUUCUAUUUCCCGUCAUGUGGGAAAGUUCCGCCGCCAGUUAUUAUGGUGCAGAAUGUAUCGUUCCGAUACACAGAUGAAAGUCCAUGGAUCUACAAGAACCUUGAGUUUGGUAUUGAUUUAGACACCCGGCUUGCUCUGGUCGGGCCUAAUGGUGCUGGCAAGUCCACUUUACUCAAAUUGCUCUAUGGAGAUCUUGUACCGUCAACUGGUAUGAUUCGUAAGAAUUCUCACCUUCGCAUUGGGAGGUACCACCAGCACUUACACGAGCUUCUAGAUCUUGAGCUCUCUCCUCUUGACUACAUGAUGAAGGAGUUCCCCGCAGUCAGGGAACGGGAGGAGAUGAGGAAAAUUAUUGGCCGCUAUGGCCUCACCGGCCGACAGCAGAUAUGUCCGAUGCGGCAAUUAUCUGACGGGCAACGGUGUCGCGUUGUGUUUGCUUGGCUGGCAUGGCAGACUCCGCACUUAUUGUUACUAGAUGAACCGACUAACCAUCUUGAUAUGGAAACUAUUGAUGCCUUAGGAGAUGCUAUAAACGAAUUUGACGGCGGCAUGGUUCUUGUUAGUCACGACUUUAGACUAAUUAACCAGGUUGCCGAAGAGAUUUGGAUCUGUGAAAAUGGUACUGUCACAAAAUGGGAGGGUGGUAUUUUGAAAUACAAGGAUCACCUCAAGUCGAAGAUAUUGAAGGACAACGCUGAUAACGCCGCUAGAAUGCGAAAAUAA